AUGGACGACUCCUCAAUCCAACAAACGCCCUUCAUAAAACAACUAGCCGCAAAUGCAUGUGGAUGUGCGACCGUCCGCUCCCCCCAACAACACCUCGCCACCUCCCUGGCCUCCCUCCUCACCAUCCUCCCAUCCACUACUCUAACACCGUUCCUGCGCGCCUUCUGGAUCACCAUGUCCCGCGAAUGGGGCGGCAUCGACGUGCUGCGCAUGGAGAAGUUCCUGCUGCUCACGCGCCGCUACAUCGGGGCUACGUUGGCGGUGUUGAGAGAUGGCGCGUGGCAGGAGGGGAUGGUGGGAGAGGUGACUGCGGUGUGGGAGGAGGUGGCGUUUAAUGUGGGGGAUAUGAAGGUUGCGAACGGGGUUAGGUUUCACUGCGUGGAUGUUUUUGUCGAUGAGUUGGAGCGUGUGGGAGCCCUGGAGGAGGGCAGUGGAGCGCCGGUGGGUGUGCUGUUGGGGCCGUUGAGGAGGUUGGCGGAGGGGUGUCCGGUUAAGGCUGUUAGGGUAAAGGCGAGGGAGGCGUUGGCUGAUGAGCGGUUACCUGGGAAUGAAAAGGUGGCUGUGGAGGGGAAGGAUGGUGAUGGGGGAGAGGAGGAGUGGGGUGGGAUUGAAGAUUAA